AUGAGUGAAAUCCUUCAUGUUCGGGAAGUAACGUGCACCGAGCCCGGCAUCGACUCCACCGGCAGGUAUCAAGGUGAUACCGAUUUCCAGCUUGAGAGGGUCAAUAUCUACUACAACGAGGCCAGAUACGGUCGUUUCGUUCCCCGCGUCGUUCUUAUGGAUUUGGAGCCCGGAACCAUGGAUAGCAUCCGAAUCCUCAAGCUCACCACACCUAGGUUUAGCGACCUGAACCAUCUGAUCUCCGACCUCCGAAAGUUCACCUACAGCGCCCUCACCAUCCCUAAGCUUACUCAAUAG